AAUGGAAAACAUACGGGCUACUUAUUUUCUACUUAAAAUUCCAAUUCGUGUCAUUGUUAUUCGAGGCAUUCGGUCUUUAAAAAAUCUAUUUGCUAUUUCAUUUUAAGUACGUUUUCAUUGCAAACUUUUAUUUUCCUUUAUGUCAUAUUUUUGUUCAGUUUCCUCAUGAAGUGGUACACUUUUAGACAGUUCAUAAAGAAAAGAGUUCAUUGAAGGGUAAACUUACUUCUCUAUAUAAAUAUAUUUCUUAAAUUAAUAAAUUUUUGAUUUAAUAUUGAGAUUCAAGUCAAGUUACAUGUUCCAGUAGCGAUUCAAACAAAAUAUCAACCGUUGUCAGAAACGCUGACGCCAAAAAUUUCCAAUGUUAUAUUUUUCCCUGGGCGCUGUGGAAAACGGGCACAUCGUCCCAAGACAGAUAUUUAGACGUGCUUAAACUUUUCACGCUGAUGACCACCUGCUCCUAGAAAUUGAUAACAUCAAACCAUAACACCGCACAUAAAUUGAAAAUGGUUUUGUCUCUUUCACUGAGUUUAAUCUGAUUUGCCUCAAGGUGUAUGAAAAGAUCGUCGAUUGUCACUCGAACGUGCACGUGAUUCUUAAGAAUAAGUCAGAUCCUACAACUUGAGAAAUACAUACCGUUCGGAACGGCGAAAGUUUUGUGAAAUUGUUCAUUUAAACUGAAGCGUUGCUAUGGAGAACUGAAAUUUCUGAAACGCGCAUACGCUUAGUGUUAGAUAAAAUUAACGAACUGAUGCGAUACGAAUAAAACAAAUCUUUAUUUUGUCGGGCUUACUUCAUAUUCAGAUCGCCAAAUUUAUCGCACUCGUUUAUAUUACAUUUACUUUUGAUCGACAAGAAGAUUUGAAGAGAUCAUAACCAAUUGCAUGUCGGAGCGAAUGCGCUACCAACAUGGAAUACAACAUGCAGAUGCUAAAUCCGCACAGUGAUUGUAAAAAUUAUAAGACCAUGGAAACAACUAAUGAUUUCUAUGAAAAAAGGAACUGAAAAUAUUAAAAAUCUGAAAAAAGGAAAUUCAAUGAUAAACAGCGAGGUCUUAGGAAGUGUAUGUCUUACGUUGUUGAUUGGCUGCCUAUAGACUCAUUUAGUGUUGUUAUUUCGCUGUCAUUCCUUAAGUUUUCGUUAUCAUGAAUUCUUCGUUCAUAUUUUUAAGACUAAAACAUUCUGCUGUAUUCAGAGUCAUUGCUACCGCAAAAUAAAACUAAUCUGUAUUUUGUCGAGUUUUCUUCAUAUCCAGAUCGCCAAAUUUAUUGCACUCGUUUGUAUUACAUUUUCUUUUGAUCGAUACAAAGAUUUGAAGGGAUCACCUUACCAAUUGCAUGUCGGAGCGAUUGCGCUACAAACAUGGAAUGCAACAUUCAGAUGCUAAGUCCACACGGCGAUUGUAAAAUUAUUAGACCAUGGAGAUAACUAAUGAAUUCUAUGAAAAAAGGAACUGAAAAUAUUUAAAAUCUGAAAAAGGAAGUUCAAUGAUUAACAGUGAGGUCUUAGGAAGUAUAUGUCUUACGUUGUUGAUUGGCUGCCUAUAGACUCAUUCUGUCUUGUUAUUUCGCUAUAAUUAUUUAACUUUUCAUUAUCAUGAAUUUUUUGUUCAUAUUUUAAUACAAAAACAUUCUCCUAUAUCCAGAGUCGUUGUUACCGCAAAAAAUCACUAGUAUAUGCUGCAGAACGAAAAUCUCACCAGUAAGGUAAGUCUAAAGACGAAUUUGUCCGAUCUCGUUUUAAACUGGUACAACCGUUAUUCAUGAAGGGAUUUUCGUGAGGUGAGCCUCAUAUUCCCUUGAAUCGUACUAUGAAAUAAUUUCAUGAAUAGUGAUUUCAGAAUGAAUUAAAACAAUGCAGAAGCCACAGACUAGUAAGUGAAUUUAGACCAUUUCUAAAUAACCAUUAUUCGUCAACUAACUGAAUUCACGCUAAAAUCAAUUUCUUCUUGAAUAUCUAAUCCGUCGCGAAAAAGAAACAAACUUCUUAAAUUUUAAAACAGUUUCUUGUUCCUUGCCUUACAGUCAAGUAAAUUCUUACAAAAUUCCAUGUCGCUCUCCCAGCUCAGUUUUAUUAAGACUUUGAUCUGCAUACCUGCGUUUUUUUGAAAAUAUUUUUAACCACGGAAACGCUCUAAUCAAGAUGACCUUUUUCUAAUUGUGGUUACCCUUCUAUUUUUAACAAUAUUUAUUGCAUGCAGAGCUCGAAUAGUCCGAUCUUCUUAGCGAGAGAAGUAUGGGAAAGAAAUGUCAUUGGUAGCAGUGAAUAUUAUUAUGCGGAAGUCAAAGUCAGUCAAACUAUGCUCCCUCUUUUCUAAGAAUUCAUAAAUUGCUGAAGACAAUGAGGUCUUUACCUUUUGAAUUUAAUUCCUGUUUUCAAUAAGCAUUCUUGGGUCAAACUCGUAAAUUUAUGAACCUCGUGAGAGGUUUAGGCACCACUUAAAGAAUAUCUCAGCGAAUUAGGAGAAACUUGAAGACCUGCAGCGUGAAAUACCGGAAACUUCAAAUGAAAGAAAAAAAUCAAAGAUGAUAAAUAAACGCGAAUGGAGUAUCUGUAAAAUACACUGUAUAAAAUUUCACCUUUUUUUAUCAUAUUUGGUUUGUGUUUCAGUUGCAAUCUCCUCAUUGAAAAAUCGCUUUUAUUUUAAACCGGAAUUUCGGGUCUGAUGAAAGACAUACGAGACGCCUUUUUUCCAGUUCGGAGUAUUCAGUCUGAUAUAUCCGGAAUACAAAAAACAGCCUCCGGUCGAUCAUUCAUUUGAAUUAGGUCGCUUAAAACAUAUUUACUGCAAGUAUUCCAAACAUGUUUGUAUGCAUGAAAUACCUCGAACAAAACAUUCAGUCUGAUCGGCGAUACCUGCUGAGUUUCGGUUCUAUCCACAAAACUGUAGACCAAAUAAAUAGUCAAUAAAUAUCUUGCAGUAAAUCUACUCUUUUCCACUCCCACGACAGCUAGCAAAACAAAUCUUGCACACAUCACGUUAAUAAAACUACAUUACCACUUUUACACUGAUGUAGAAUUAAGGUCUUAUUGUGUAUUUGUAAAUCCACUGAGCUCUGACAUUGUGGUCCGACCGGCCCUGCAAGUUAGACAUGCACAAUCAGUUACAUACAGCUUCCUUAAAAUAGAAUGCUGGCGGAAUUUUGAAAGAGAUUUGAUUACAAAGAGAAAUCAGCAAGCGGAUGUAGCAAUCACCUGGUAUUUUAAGACAUUGUUUGCGGUCUGUCAAAACUGAGACGGUGAAGUGAUUUCCGAAGGCGGAUUUGAAUUUGAAAAAUCGUAUUUCUUUUUUCAUUGUGUGCGAAGUGAGAGGGAAAUGUACAAGAAAAACAAAGCCACAGACGUAACGGCUGGAAAUUAAAAAAAUCUCUCUAAUCUCAGUCCUGAAUAGUUUGUGUUUUGCUUGAGAGAAAUCAUUGGCUUAAUCGCUGGCACUGUCACCACAAGUAUCAAGUGAGUAAGGUCUGGUUGAAACACGACACCGAGCUCACCCAAAAAACUAUUGCCGAUACAUUCUACCAGAAGACUUUCCUGCGGUUACCGUCGUAAAAAAAGAUUAGAAAUCAGCUCCUAAUCAUGAACAAUUCCUCUCAACACAUUGUCGUGGGAACAGCGAGUUUCAUGACUACUUCUGACGUCACGGCAUGGUGUACUGCGUUUGCGGUCGAAUCUGUCAUUGUGGCAAUCGGAAACUUGUUCAUUAUCACAGUCUUUGCUAAGACCAUAGAGCUACGCAGACAACAUCGCCAUUACUUCCUAAUGAACUUAGCCGUUGCUGAUUUUUUCGUGGGAGGUCUUGCGGCGCCUCUGUUUGUUUACAUCUUAGGAGGAUUUUACAAUUUAUGGCCGUUUUCCAAGUACAAACAUACUUUGUAUUCUAUUAGCAUAUUCCUGGACAUGUUCUCCGGGAUAUCUUCAAUCGCUUUCCUCUCCGCCAUCGCUGUGGAAAGACUUUACUCAACGUUAUACCCCACCAAGUAUAGAAAGACAAAACGUUUCGCAUACACAGUCAUCGCGUUCUUAUUAUGGGCUAUUUCCGCUGUGCUUCCAGGAAUUAGAAUUCAUCUCGGAGAAGAAUUUAACUCUCUAUACACCUGGAUGCCAAUUGUUUGUAUGCUGCUGGUUACCAUCGGCUCCUCGUACAUUGUUAUCUGGGUCAAAGUCCUGUUCUUCAGUUCCAAGCGCUUGAAUCAAAGCCGUGAAAGACGAUUAAAUGUAACUGUAACAAUCUUAACUCUGACAUCACUUUCAACAUGGUUGCCGUUCAUAGUCCUGAACAUAGUCAAUGAGUUUCACCCAGUGAGCAUAGAGAUAGAGGCUGUGUUUUCCACCAAGAUACUUCAUUACGGAAACUCUCUGGUUAACCCUUUCUUAUUUGCCUUAAAAAUGCCGCAGUUUAGAAAAGCGGCACAGAAAAUAUUUUGUAGUUUUCCGCGCCAGAAGCCAGCCUAUCUUCCAAGCGAGAAAAGAAGAUUGGAUCAUGAUUCUUUUAGCUCACACAGCGAGCGAACUUCACCGGAAGUGCAGACUACUCCAGUUUGAAAAUAAAAGUUGAACGAGCAGUGAAGUGAUGGAAAUUUGAAACACGACUCCACUGAGUGAUAUUUUGGAAAGUGUACUCAUUCCAGGAACCUUUAGCCUUUAAAAUCUCACCUAAGCAAAAAAGUGUGUCAUUACAAUUAUAUAAUAAGCUAAGUUAUGCACGCAUUCUGAUUGGUUCUCACUUAUGAUCCAUUGGAGGACAGACGUAUAGAUGACGUCAUCAUUAAAAAC